ACCUGAUCUUCUGGAUGCCGUGUACGGUUUGUCCCACACUUCACCCUUGGCAUGGAGCGGCCAUCUCCGUUGGCCGUCAGUGUGAUAGGGCGAAUUCACUCUAAAAUCCCGCCAUCACUAGUGUUUUUCCCUCCCCGAUAGCCCACAGAUCGAGCGUAAGACCCUGAAAAAAAAAAUAAAAAAACAUCAACAAUUCAUGUGGCCACGAGGUGCUCAGAAUGUGGACUGCACCCUUACUGCUGCUCACGACCCUGUUCGCAUGGUCGCCGAGUGUCUCGGCUACGAUUCUGCAGAACGGUCAGCCGCGAGACGAUCCGUAUCCCGGGCAGGUCCCCAGGAUCCAUCUCAACGACUCCUGGAGAAGCUAUGGGGCUGGUGCGCCGGAAAUCGCCUACAAAGGCCGUUGGGAUAGCAAGCAUAUUUCCUGGUGGUCAGCACCGGGGCUCAAAGUCCAGUUCUCAGGCGAAAAACUUGCACUGAGCUUCGGGGAACAUACGUCGGAUGGCGUCCUCGUCGCUUAUCGGAUCGGGACGCUCGACUGGUUAUUCUCGAAUGUGACCGCGGACUCAACCUACCAGUUUAUCGGACCCGGAACGGCGUAUGAAGAACUUCCGGACGAAGAGGACAGGGUUUUUGAGUUGCGAGUUCAGAUCGCCGGUGUAUCCGUCGACGUCGACGACUAUCUCAUCAAACCGCCGACGUUUAGGCGCAAGGUUGAAAUUAUAGGCGGGUCCAUCACCGGCGGGCAAUAUGCUACCUACGAAACCCUAUCCUCGUGGGCCUUCAUCUAUGCGGCUGGCCUCGGCAAUGUCGAGUUUGGCAUAACGGCCUACCCAGGAGCCUGUCUGGUGGAUAUGCAGUGUUACGGCGGCGGUGUCCACGGCACGAUCUGGUACUGGCAUCGGGCGUCGGACCCCGGCUCUCGCGCCCGCGACAUGUACGGCAGCGAGCCCGAAGAAUGGAAUGUCCAGGCAGAGCAACCGGCAGAUCUAGUGAUCAUCCAAAUGGGCGGCAACGACCACCGGCAUCCGAACAACAUCCCGGGCGAGAAUUUCUACCAAGGUUAUGUCGACUUGAUCGAAAACAUCCACCACCACUGGCCGGGCGCGGAGAUUGUCCUCAUGACCCAAUGGGGCGCGUGGGCCAAAAAAGGCGCCAGAUACGAACAGAGCACGAUUUACGAGCACGAGAUCCAGCGCGUCUACGAGCAUUUCAAGGACCGCAGAUAUGCCGUGCAUUUGUUCCACACCGACGGUAUCCUGGGCCACAACGACAUCAACCCGAAAAACCAUCCCACCGAUGUUGGGCAUAUCAAGAUUGCGAGCCACAUGCUGCAAUGGACGACGAUCAAGCUGGGAUGGGGGCUUCACCCAACGGGGGAGAUGCAGCAUGGGACGCUUUACUGGAACGACCAGCAAGAAUAUUGAUGCCCUUCUCCUGUAUUUAUUAAACGAGACAUUACGAUAUCGCCCGUCUUCGUCACAACGCGUUUCCUCCAGUACUGCACAACUUCAGUUGCCACGUAGCCGAUCCUCAGCGGAGAGUAUUGGAUUGCGAUCAGCUGGAUCGAUCGUAGUAGGAGACUUAGGAAACUUAUAUUAAUAUCAUGCGGGUAUGAAGUAUUUUUUGGAGAGCUACUUCUAACCGCAAUUCCGCCUGGCCCCAAGUUAUC